GGGGUGAGUGCUGCUAUCUCUCUCUCUCAGAUGAUCCGUGGACGUGGGAGCGAUCAGAGCUGGUGUCGGAGCUUCUGGAUGUUUCAGGAGGCUGCAGAGCUCAGACGUCCACAGCUCCAACAUUCUUCAUUUAAAGCCAAGGCCAACGUGUCCCUGAAGUGGUCGUGUGUGUUUCAGGUGCUGAUCGGGCAUCGGAGCGCUGAAGACAAACAGACAUGAUCCCUUUCUCUCCCUGAGGAACUGACCAAUCAGCAGUCAGGAUGAUGCCCAAGCAGCAGGUGGCCCAGACGUCUCCUGGGAGCGUCUUGUCCCUCAGAGGGACCAGCGUCCCUGGGUCCCCGGCCGCUGCCAUCGUGGCCAGAGUGGAGGACGGCGUCAUCGGCUACAAGGACUUGGCUGCGUUACCGAGAGACAAAGCCAUCCUGGACAUAGAGCGACCUGACCUGAUGAUCUACCAGCCGCAUUACUGCUACAGUCCACUGGAGAGGUCCUUGUCUCCUCGGUCCAUCUCUCCUCCUGCCUCCCCAGAGAAUCUGUCCAAGGAGUGGCUGGAGAACCGGUCACAAGGAGGUUCCUCACCUUGUUCCACCAUCCAGACCAGCAGAACACAGAGAACGCUCACACCGCCCACUCCACAAACACCCAACACCCCCAACCCCCCGGGCUCUGGUCCCAAGGCCUCGGUGCAGCACUUCCACAGACCCGAGAACGGCAGCAACAUUUAUAAGAAACCUCCGAUCUACAAACAAGAUGUGUUGUCCUCCGUCGUCCCUCAGGGGAAACACAUCGAGGAUCUGAUCAUAGAGUCCUCAAAGUUUCCAGCCGCUCAGCCUCCGGACCCCAACCUGCCCUCCAAGAUCGAGACCGAGUACUGGCCCUGCCCCCCCUCCCUGGCCGUGAUUGAGAAGGAGUGGAAGAAGAAGGAGCAGAGGGAGGAGGAGGAGGAGGAGGAGGAUGGAGAGCUGGUUAAUGAGCUGUGGGGUCUCAGGGCGCUUCAGAAACAGGAACUCAACAAGAUUCAGUCGAACCUGGGUAAAAUCAUCCUGAAGGAGGAGCUGGAGAAAUCUGCCGCCCCCCUGAGGAGGAAGACUCGCUCUCUGCCCGACCGCAGCCACAACACAGGGUCCAGCGUCUCGAGGUCGGUAUAUUUCCCAGCAUCCUCUAGGAGCGGUCUGUCCAGGCUUCAGUCGACUGAGUUCAGCUCCUCAGAGAAAACUGCUGCAGGUCUUCAGAACGGAGACUCCAGGAUGGACAGAGGGAACUCCCUCCCCAGCAUGCUGGAACACAAGAUUUACCCGUACGAGACGCUGGUGGUGACUCACAGAGGAAGAAAGAAGCUCCCCCCGGACGUGGACCGCACCAGGCUGGAGAGACAUCUGUCCCAGGAGGAGUUCUUCAGCGUCUUCGGGAUGUCCAUCGAGGACUUCGACGGCCUCUCCGUCUGGAAGAGGAACGACCUGAAGAGGAGGGUCUGUCUCUUCUGACGGAGGAGAGGUUUUCAGAGUUUCUGCUGCCUGUUUGAACCUGGAAAGCUUCAGAGCACAAACCCAGAGGAAACCAGCGUCUCAGUUAGCAUGUUAGCAUGUUAGCAUAUUAGCUGGGGCUCAGGACUCCCUGCAGUCUCCAGAUUUGAUCCUGGAUCAGUUCUGCUGCGGUCGGACAUUUAACCAACAUUCCCGCUGUCGGUCUUUUAGAAGGAUCGUUCCUAUUGGCUUAGCCAGCUAUGAUGUCACAGCGACGGCGUUUCUUUCCCAGCACCCAAGAGGAAAAGGCUGUUUGACGGCAGUCAGUCAGGCUGAUGCUAAUGCUACGAGCUAACCGGGUCCUGCGAGUUUCUCUGUUGGGAACUGAUUCAGAAUAAAAAUUAAGAAGAGUAACAGACGUCUGAUGAGUUAAGAAGAAAAACCUGCUAGCCUAGCGUAGCCAGACCUAGCGCUUAGCAGGGUCAGAGUCUGGAUUUCAACCAGUCAGAUGAUGCAUAUGACGACAGUUUAGGUUCUUUUAAAGGACUAGACGCAGUAACUUACGUACGUAGCCUACGUGAACUCACUAGGCAGCGCUGUGUCUGCUUUGCUGUUUCUACGUCUUGCUUCACUUUCAACAGUGGAGACCGGAACUGACAAAUGUCUGUGUCUCCAAACCUCCUCCUUUAACCGUCUUUAUUGAUCCAAAACAGUUCAUUAGAAAAUGAUGAAGAUGGAGGUGUAUAAAAUAAGGAACAUGCUACGACCCACAUUUAAAAGACAACACAAUAAAACAGAUAAAAAAAAUACUUAUA